UUCUUUUCUGGAAAUCCUGCACAACUUUGGAGUAUAAAUAUGAGGUUGGAGAUUUUAGGGGCAUUAGAAGCAACAAGAGGACAAGAAGACAGCCAGACUAAUACAGACGUCUACUUACAACUGGAGAAAACUCAACAGUGCAAGAUGAAGAUCCACUUUAUAUUUCUUUUCAUGUGUGCUGCUAUGUGUGCAUCAAAACCAUUUGAGUCACGUUGCAAAUGUGUGAAAACAGACAAACAAGUGUCCCUUAAACUAAUAUCAUCCUAUCAAAGGACAAAACCAAAUCCAUUCUGCAACAAAGUGGAAGUCAUACUGACCCUCAAAGACAAUAGAAAAGUGUGCAUUGAUCCCGAAGGACAAUUCGCCCUUUUUCUUGAGAACCUGAGAAGGAAAUUGUCCCGAACCGGUGCCAAGAAAAAUCCUAGAACAACAACUGAACCAUCUGCAGAAUAUUCACCUGCAUCUGUCAAAACUCUCCAGACAUCACCAACUUUAAUUUCUUCCGUAGUCAGGCAUGACAUGGCUUGA